AUGGCAGUUCCUACCUGGAUCGACCUCCAAUUCGGAGCUCGGGGAGAGCUUCGACCCAUCCUUGUUGAGCACCGUAUAGCAUACAAAAUCUUUGAUGGUCAGGCCUUCCAUCCAAGACUGGUUCUCGCCAUUGGAGGCGCUGAAAAGCGGCAUUUCUAUCGAGCCCUUGAGCUCGACGCACAUGUACCGGGUAACGGGAUUUUCCUUCGCCCCGUUCAGCUUGCUACACUGGUUAUCGACUGUGAGCUGCACAACCAAUCCACACUCGGCAUCUGCGAACGGGCAGCCCCUAUGGGACACCAGACACGCCACACACUCCAUUGCGCCGUUACACCCAACAGUCCCCCGCAGAGAAUAUCGCAGUUCGCUCUUGACAUGUACUGGCAGUUGCUCUUUCCUUUCGCAUCUGUUGUUCUGCUAUUUGCGGACGAUCUUGGAGGCUUGGAGCCGGUGAUUGAGCUGCUUGUAUGUUGGACCCGGAGAGCAAGGCUCAAACCGCUGUUGUCCCCGCCAAGAGUCAUAGUUGUCUUUCACUGGCGUCAUCGGUCGAAGAUUGAGACUUUUGAAGUUCGCCUGCGCGCACGACUCACGGGCCGUGACCCAGCUGCUUCUACGUCUACUUCAGGAAUCAGUGCGCCGAUUCGUCUGGAUCAUGAGCAUGCAUUCGAAAGUGUUUAUCUAGUUCCGACCUGGAAAUUGUCCUCAGAAUUUCUCGUUCAAGUUGAAGAAUCGUUUGGGGUUCGAGAGAGCGCAGGAUUCGCUUUCAGCGGGGAGCAUACGAAAACUCUCCUCCAGACUGCAGUGAGCCAGUUCGGCCAGAGCUGUGGUCAACAAAUCGAUUUCCAUGCCGCGGUUCGUCUGCCGAACCCAAUUCCAGACCAUCUAGCGGAAGGUAUUUCUUGUCUUAUACAGGUGACCAACGAUUCGGACCUUGACCAGGUUGCGAUCAUCGCUUCCGCCCUGGACCUGGAUGCCCAUCCACCAGGCGCCCACUUCUUCCCCCCGCCAUUGACGUUCGAAAAGUGGUAUAACACCAUUCUUUCUCAAGUGGAGGAGGACACUAGACAAGCAGGGCUGAAAGGCCAAGUUCGAGAGAAGUUUAUCGAAUUGGCUAUGGCAAGAAAAGACGGUUCAUCGGCUUGCGCACAUUCUCGUUUGCUUGGCCAAUUUCAGUCUGCUUGGCGGUCAUGGACCAAUAAUUUUAUUUGCCUGCUGUGUCUGUCACGACCAGCAUUCAAUUGCCUGCGGUGCGAUCAUCGCUUUUGUGACACUUGUGUCAUAAUAAGCGGAGCACUACUACUAGCUAACUCUCCGGAGAUCCUUGUCGACCAUUGCCCCCUGUGUGGCCAACCUCACGGUGAACUAGUUCACCUACGGCCACCUACUGCUGGGCUGAGGAUGCUUGAGCUAGGGGGAACUUCCCAGGACAAAUGGGAGAUGCUCAAGUUCCUAAAGGAGCUACGGUCCACCACGGGGCUAGGUAUCUCUUUGCGGGAGCAGUUUGAUCUGGUGGUGGGCUCGGGAAUAGGGCUAUUCUUCGUGCAGACCGCAUUCUUGGAAGAUUGGGCACUAUCAGACUGCAAAUACCAUGUGAAGAAUCUCCGUGACCCAAAAAUCAUUGAUUCCAAAAAAUUUCUCGUCUCAUUUGGUAAGAGGCUCACGUGGAAGAUGGCUAAGACGAUUGGUAUGAAUGGACUGUUCGUUGUCUUUGUCUUGGAUAGCCAUCGAGCAUCGCAAACAAUUGAAAGGGAUGUGGGGGUUCGUGGCUUUCUGCGUCGACAGCAUAACGAUGUCGUUGUGCGCUAUAUGGGAGCCAAUUGCGAUAGCCCACCCCUGAAGCUUGCCGCGAGCCGCAUGAUUGCCUCAUUGUUUUACAUUGAACUUGUCUUCACUCCACACUUCUAUUCAACUCCCGAACGCGCGCAAGCCCGGCUGCUUUGCCGGCUGCCACCUAGCGCCACACUCAUCAGUUUAGUGACAGAUCUGCACGCCAGGGGCACACGAGUCAUUUUCUGGGGUACAGAGCUUGAGCCCAAUGUCGAGAGCCUCAUAACGUCAUCGUCGCUGUCUCGUUGCCGUCGGGGCGAGGCGUUCGUCAAACGCUUGGACAUAGAGGUUUGGAGUCCAGACUCGGAGCUCCACGUGGCGAUCGAUGAUGAUCUGAUGGGGAAACAUAAUGUCAGCCAUUGCCCUUAUGUACUCCGAGAGUUGAGUCAUGAUCAAGGUCUAGAUUGUGUCUUUGGAAGGAGCGAUCACUGUGGCAUUGAUACAACCAAAGAUGUAGGCACAACAAUCACGGAGGAAAUUGAUGAGCUCAGCGAGGAAUUAGGCCGGUUUGCGUCAUGGGACGGGAGUUGGAACUUUUUCUAG